CAUUCUUUUACUGCUUGGAUAGUACCGGCUUUGAUCUGCUUCAUGCAUUUUGUUGGUUUUCACUUCCCGUCGCUCAAAAGCAACAGGCGUUGAAAAUUGUUCUCUCAGACGGGGAGUGCAGGACUGCGUGUUGAAGUUAGAGGGGGGAUAGAAGGUGGCUGUUGUAAAAUAAUAAGAAAAAAAUUAUUUUGUUUACGGACCUAGAAUUAUAUUUUUGAGUAUAUUUUUUGUGUAAAGAGGCUUAGUUGUAUGAUGGCACAGGCGGAUAAAAAAUACAUCGAUAAUCUCAGCGGAACUGGGAAGGCCAUAGGGGUGCUUACCAGCGGAGGAGAUGCUCAAGGUAUGAAUUCUGCUGUUCGAGCUGUCGUGCGUAUGGGAUUAUAUGUAGGUGCUAAAGUUUAUUUUGUUCACGAGGGUUACCAGGGCAUGGUUGAUGGACAGGACAAUAUUGUUGAAGUGAACUGGGAAAGUGUAUCCAGUAUUUUGCAAGUGGGUGGCACAGUUAUUGGUAGUGCUCGCUGCAAGGAAUUUCGGACUCGUGAGGGUCGUCUCAAAGCUGCAUAUAACUUGGUUAAAUGUGGAAUUACUAAUUUGUGUGUGAUUGGUGGGGAUGGCAGUUUAACUGGUGCCAACUUGUUUCGUGAGGAAUGGAGUGGGCUUCUUGAUGAACUUGUUCAAAAUGGCAGUAUCGAUGAAGAGACUGCUCAUAAGUAUUCACAUCUCAACAUUGUGGGCAUGGUUGGAUCUAUCGACAAUGACUUCUGUGGAACAGACAUGACCAUUGGCACAGACUCUGCCUUGCACAGGAUUAUUGAAGUUGUAGAUGCCAUUAUGACAACUGCUCAAAGCCACCAGAGAACAUUUGUACUGGAGGUUAUGGGACGACACUGUGGAUAUCUGGCUCUUGUAAGUGCCUUAGCUUGUGGAGCAGAUUGGGUCUUCAUUCCUGAAUCCCCACCAGAAGAAGGCUGGGAAGAUGUCAUGUGCACAAAACUUUCAGAGAACCGUGCUUGUAGAAAGAGACUGAACAUUAUAAUUGUUGCAGAAGGAGCAAUUGAUUCCUUUAACCAGAACAUAACAUCUGAAAGAAUAAAAGAUCUUGUGGUUUCCAGGCUGGGGUUUGAUACUCGAGUGACCAUCCUGGGUCAUGUGCAACGAGGAGGCACUCCAUCAGCUUUUGACAGAAUCUUGGCUAGCAGGAUGGGAGUCGAGGCUGUUCUUGCCCUUUUAGAGGCCACAGCAGAUACUCCAGCCUGUGUUGUGUCUCUAUGUGGUAACCAGGCUGUGCGCCUGCCACUAAUGGAGUGUGUGCAGAUGACCCAAGAAGUACAGAAAGUUAUGGAUGAGAGGAAGUUUGAAGAAGCUGUGAAGCUUCGAGGGAGAAGCUUUGAAAACAACCUAAACACUUAUAAGCUGUUGGCAAACCGAAAACCUCAGUCUGAGCUUCCUCAGGAUGAUUCUUCAUGUAGCAGUAAUUUCAAUGUUGCAGUCCUGAAUGUAGGUGCUCCUGCAGCUGGGAUGAAUGCUGCUGUCCGUUCUGCUGUGCGAGUGGGCAUUUCUGAAGGACAUAAAAUGUAUGCAGUUUCUGAUGGAUUUGAAGGAUUUGCCAGAGGACAGAUUAAAGAAAUUUCAUGGGGAGACGUUGGUGGUUGGACUGGCCAAGGAGGAUCUCUUUUGGGAACAAAACGAACUCUGCCUGCAAAGAAUCUAGAAAAGAUUGCUGAUCAGAUGCGUGCUUAUAAUAUCAAUGCUCUGCUGGUCAUUGGUGGAUUUGAGGCUUUUGAAUCACUACUUCAGUUAAAUGAGGCACGUGCCUACUAUGAGGAGUUUUGCAUCCCUAUGUGUAUUCUGCCUUCUACCAUAAGUAACAAUGUGCCAGGUACUGAUUUCAGCAUUGGUACUGACACGGCCCUCAAUGCAAUUGUGGAGACUUGUGAUCGCAUCAAGCAGUCUGCCAGUGGAACCAAGCGCCGCGUGUUCAUCAUUGAGACAAUGGGAGGAUACUGUGGUUAUCUAGCCAGUAUGGGUGGUCUUGCAGCAGGUGCUGAUGUUGCCUAUAUCUUCGAGGAACCAUUCGAUAUCCGAGAACUACAGGCAAAUGUGGAGCACUUGACAGAAAAGAUGAAAACCAGCAUUCAGCGAGGUCUUGUCCUAAGGAAUGAAAACUGCAAUGAGAACUACACCACUGAUUUCAUUUAUCAGCUGUAUUCAGAGGAGGGAAAAGGAGUAUUUGAUUGUAGAAAAAAUGUUCUUGGACAUAUGCAGCAGGGUGGCUCACCGUCCCCAUUUGACAGAAACUUUGGAACCAAAGUUGCUGCAAAAGCCAUCCAGUGGAUCACCAAGAAACUCAAGGAAACCUACAGACAAGAGGAAGGAAGAGUAUUUGCCAACACCGUAGAUACAGCCUGUUUGCUGGGGAUGCGCAGACGUGCCCUUGUCUUCCAGCCAGUGUCACAACUUAAAGACGAGACUGACUUUGUGCACAGAAUUCCAAAGGAACAGUGGUGGUUAAAACUACGACCAUUGAUGAAAGUUUUGGCCAAAUAUAAAACCAGUUAUGAUAUAUCUGAUGCUGGCCAGAUGGAACAUGUCGUCAGACGAUCAAGAGAAGCAUAAUGUGGCAGCUGAUCGACUGUAUAUAUCUGCAGUAGCGUUACUGUGCGUGCGUGAAGAGAGUUGAAGAUUUAUAAUUAUUGCUUCAUUCUGUAACAUUUAAGUUAUUGUACCUGCACUUUAAAGAAAAAAAUUAUGUCCGCUUCAUGUGUCUGGUCAAAUAGAUUAUUUACUCAACAAAUUCCUAACAUUUAAGAACAUUGAAAAUGUUGUCUUGUUUCCAAAUAUUUUAUCUGCAGUACCAAAACUUAAACAGAAUUACAAGUACACUUGUUACUUCCAUUUUAAGUUUCUCACAUAUUGCACAUUGUACUGAAGAUGUAGUUUAUGUUCCACUAUUAGACAUUAGUCUUACUGUGUGAGGCUGAAAGAUUUAUUAAUGUAACUCACAUGCAAUAAAAGUUAAGUUACGUAUACUA